GCGACAUCACCACCUACUACGAAAUUACCACAAACCACAACGUCACCUCCUGAAACGACUAAGCCCCCAAGCACCACAGCGUCGCCAGAUACUACAACAUCAUCUGUCCAACCGACAGGUAAUGACUAUACUAACCUUAGAUACUGCCACUAUGACCACAGACGUCCCAAACUCAAGGAUGAUGUGAGCGCAUGUUAAAAAUUAACACAUCUGCUAAUAAAGAAGCAUUACACAAUCUACAAAAAUGUACAAAAAACACCUUAAAGACUAGAAGAUGUCGCUUCCUCAUUCUUGUCACAUUUCCUUUGUUCUGAAGAUGACAAAAAGAACCUAACCGUUUCGAAACCAUUUCUGGUGGUUACCCUGACUAAUACUCAACUAACCGAGCUUUUUUUUCCAUUUUAGCGACAUCACCACCUACUACGACAUUACCACAAACCACAACGUCAGUUCCUGAAACGACUAAGCCCCUAAGCACCACAGCGUCGCCAGAUACUACAACAUCAUCUGUCCAACCGACAGGUAAUGACUAUACUAACCUCAGAUACCCCCACUAUGACCACAGACGUCCCAAACAUAAGUAUGAUGUAAACGCAUGUUAAAAAUUAAUAAGCGACAUCGCCACCUACUACGACAUUACCACAAACCACAACGUCACCUCCUCAAACGACUAAGCCCCUAAGCACCACAGCGUCGCCAGAUACUACAAUAUCAUCUGUCCAACCGACAGGUAAUGACUAUAUUAACCUCAGAUACCCCCACUAUGACCACAGAGGUCCCAAACUCAUGGAUGAUGUGAGCGCAUGUUAAAAAUUAACACAUCUGCUAACAAAGAAGCAUUAUACAUUGUAUUAUACAAUUAUAUUAUGCUAAUAUAGCAGCAUUAUACAAUCUACAAAAAUGUAGAAAAAACGCCUUAAAGACUAGAAGAUGUGACUUGCUCAUUCUUGUCACAUUUCCUUUUUUGCGAAGAUGACAAAAAGAACCUAACCGUUUCGAAACCAUUUCUGGUGGUUAACCUCACCAAUACUCAACUAACCGAGCUUUUCUUUUUUUCAUUUUAGCGACAUCACCACCUACUACGACAUUACCACAAACCACAACGUCACCUCCUCAAACGACUAAGCCCCCAAGCACCACAGCGUCGCCAGAUACUACAACAUCACCUGUCCAACCAACAGGUAAUGACUAUACUAACCUCAGAUACUGCCACUAUGACCACAGACGUCCCAAACACAAGCAUGAUGUGAGCGCAUGUUAAAAAUUAACACAUCUGCUGAUAAUGCGUAACUAAUGGUGACUAAACAAGCUAAAUAAUAUGUGUCUUCCUAUCAAUCUUUUAUGAAUAACUCUGUUUUAUUGGUUGUUUCAGGAAUCAACCGCACAUACAUCGACAUUGUAUUUACACUCAUUGCCUCGUCCGAGUUUUCAAACGAAACGUACGCUCUAAUGGAAACCACUGCAAAACAAUUCAUUGAAGAAUAUGAAUAUGUGAACUAUUACGUCAUUGCCUACGUUGAUGGGGUGUUGAAAGUGGUCAAUCUCAGUUUCGGUGCAAACGAGUCCAACGCUGCCGCUAGGCGCGCCCGACGAGCAGUGGGUGCGUCGGAACCUUUGAUCACUGUUCUAGAAGAAGCUCUUGUUGUCUUUCAAAAUAACUCUUUGGGCGAAUCCAACAAUCGGAAGGCCUUAGUUGUUAUGACAGACAUAAGUUCUUCUGCCGAUAAGAACAGCCUCGAAAAGGCAGUGAGACCUAUAGAGGAAAGUGGAAUUCUGGUGAUUUCUGUGCCGAUUGGAGCAGUGGAUAGGAAGGAAUUGCUUGUCAUCUCGCCUAAUCCUCUGGAUGUUAUAUCCGUUGAUAGGAGCAUACUGCCUCUAACGUUGGCCCAACGUAUCGGGGAGAGAAUAAUACGUAAGAAUCAUUUUCUUCUCAAAAAAAUAUAAUUUCUCAAUUUAUCUGUCGUUAAUUGAAAGACAUGUGAGUAUUUUACUAAUCGGGUACACUUUAAAUGUCAUGACACGAAGUUUAAGAGAGAAAUGCUCUUACGUCAAACCUUUUCUCGUCACGGGUUUCCAGUAGCUCAGUGAUUAUGGUGUGCCGGAAACUUACGCCAACUCCCGCUAGAGUUGAAUUGCGCCUGGGGGCCCUGUAGUCCCCAUGGUUAAGUCCCCGGCAAUACAGGUGUCCCUGUCAAUAGCAGAAAGCCAGGAGACUUCACUGAAAGUAAACUGCAGUAACUCAAUGCUGCAAAAUGUUUACGUUUCAUAUUCUGACAAGUGUGAAGUCGAUUUGGGUUUGCUAUCGUUGACAAAGUUAACACCAUUUCCUGUCCCGAUUCUUAGGUAAGAUCCCAGAGAUUGAUGUUGGCUUUGCCAUAUCUGUUAGCUCCGUUGAAUCAACGGUCAUAUACGAUGUGAUGGUCCAAGCAUCCAGUACCAUAAACGAGCGGUAUAGAGACUUCAGAGUCCGCUUCAACAUCAUUGUGUACGGAACUAAAAAAACAACACGAUUAAGCGAAUUUUUCAACACACUUCUCAGUCAGAAAGACCUCAUAACGUCCGUGAGAAAUCUGGCAAACGUUUCUUCAUUACCUCUUCAAGAAAAGUUGCGGGAGGCUGAGAAUCUUUUCAGAUCAACAGGAAGGCCGUUUGCGCGGAGGGUAUUCGUCCCCAUCACAGACGCCAGAAAUGGCAGUGAAAUUAUAACUGGAAGUAAUAUACUGAGAUCUCACGGCAUUGUGUUUUUGUCCCUAAACAAAAAUGUGGAUCAACUUAGUUCAGUGACAAUCAGCCAUGUUGAUAAUCUUGGAACACCAAGCCCAACCACUGACAGAAGAGUAGUCAUCGCGGAGGAAAUCAUAUAUCAAGCAUUACGAGGUAUGGUGAAUUAUAACUCUCAUUGCAUGCCUAACUUAUAAGAAGUUAGCCAAGAAUCAUGCAACUCUCAAACUUAAUCUAUCAGCUAUUAAUAAAAUCCAACUAGUGGUCUAUUAUCAAUGCUGUGUUUUGAUUGGCUGAGCUAAUGCUAGGCUAUAUGUUAUAGCCCACUAGUAGCGAAAAGCCCCGGCUUUUUGGUCGCAAAAGUCUAGCUUUAACUAGAUAAAGUUGCUUUGCCCCGAUAUUUUUGACCAACUAGUUGGAUUUUACUAAAAAAGUUAUUCCUCUCGCCUUCAUGGCCUCUUAGCCAAUAAGCCCACGAGGCCGAAUAACUGUUAAUUAGGUUCAUCUUGGUAUGGCGGCAACUACAAAGGGAUUACACCCUAAAGCUUUGAACAAUUUCCUGACGCAAAUCUCUUUUUGUUUACAUAAAUCUCUUUCGGUUAGUCAUGUUUUUUUUUUGCGAUAUUCAAGGUCACCUAUCGAUGUACAGAGGCGCAUGAAGGCAGUGACGCAUUCCAGUUCACAAGACCUUGCCCAGUUUAGGCAUAAACGUAAAAUUAGCAAUUAGUGAACUCUUUCUAAGAAGGGUAGUGCUCGAACCAUCUACAUGGUAUUCCACUAGGUGCUAAUCUACGAGUGGUAUUCGCCUUAUAAAGAGUCAUAGAAAUAAGUGAAUUUGCGCCGCUCUCCGCUCGGUUUGGGGGAGAGACGCGGUCUCAUUUACCGAACAGCAGCUGGUAAUGGAGUCUACUAAAGAACGAAAGGCAGAGAAAUAUGCAUGCACAUGUCGCCAAAAAAAAAAAGUUGUGACAAGCCUAACUUAAUCAUACCUACCCGCCUCGACUAGUUUUAAUUAGUAUUUACCAAAUCAGUGAAUCGAAAUUUUCGCGCGUUUUGAUUGGCUCCCGUGACUCGUGCAACAAUCCCGCUCCAGCUUACGGUGGAGCACCUGGUAAAGGUGACGCAAACAAUGUAGAAGUCUGUUUGGUUCGUUAUUAUCCAGGUAAGACUAAUUUCCACUACUGGUGCGUAAAUAUAUGAUGAACAUACGUAACGGAAUCCUUUUUUAGCAGUUCAGUAUCUUUCAAGGAACUAGAAUUCGACACAUGCAAGACGUUUUCUAAAACAUUUUAGCUAAAAUUAUAUUUUCAAAACUCAUUCUUCUGCUUCUUUUCCUUUAUUUGUAGCGAAUUGGUCUCCCUGGGGUCCUUGGUCUGCCUGUAGUGAAACGCGUGGAAAUGGAACAAGGAGUCGUACACGUCUGUGCAUCAAUCCCGCCCCACCUCAAGGUGGAGCACCUUGCAAAGGUGACGCAAACAAUAUAGAAGCCUGUUUGGUUCGCCAAUGUCCAGGUAAGUUAAUUGGCACUUCGUGUGUGGAAAUAUAUGAUAAAGAAAUAUAAUUGAUUAUCUCAUUCGGUCUUCCUAAAAGAGCUACAAGUCGACACGUGCAAUAUUUUAAUAUUUCUAAUACAUAUCUUCUACUACUUCGCCUCUAGUUGCUGGCAAUUGGUCUACUUGUCUACUUGGUCUACUUUAUUAGUAAGUUAGGACACUUGGCGUGUUGCUGUCAGAAAUUGCGACCAUGUAGGACGAAAAGUACUAUUUUAAUGACACAAAAUAACAUUGAAAAGGUGAUCUCUGUAUCAAAGGAAGUCGGGGUGUGUUAGUUGAAACACCAGCACGAACGACAAAGUAUACCUACCGCAACCGAGUGAAGGUACUAAACAUUCUAAGACGCAAUCACUACAAGGCAAUGGCUGCUACUAUAACCAAAAAAAUGGCUGAAACAAGUCCGUGCAAUAAUUAAAACCAACAGGACUAUUAAUUGUCUUCCUGAAGCUUUGGUAAAACGGGCAACAAAAACGUGCAGCUUGUUUUGCAAAAUUGCUGCUGCACAAGCUGAAAAGCGAUGUUGCGCGUUUUACCACCCAUGUUCAAACCUGUUAGCAACCUCAUUUGUUUCAAGACAGGUUUGAUAUGGCUGGUAAAACGCGCAACAUCGCUAUUCAACUUGUUUUGCAGCAAUGUUGCAUGAUUUUUCUGAUUUUUGUCGCCCGUUUUUCCGUACCUUAAGGAGUGUUUUCAUCAUAAAGAGCCAAAGAAAACCACUGAAGGAAGGUAGGCGCCAGCUCUAGGUAGCUGUCGGUUUUUCGAGACUCCCAGUUAUAAUGGAGUAUUCAUAAAAAGACGGAAAAACGUAAAUCAAACAAUUAUGUUUUUAACCGUUUUUUUUUCCCUCAUCUAGAACUGGAUGUGACUUUUGCUUUAAGUGCCACCUCUGUCCAGUCCCAAAAAACCUUCGUCUUGAUGAGGGGAACGAUAAUCAGUAUCAUCAAUCGAUAUGGUAUCGACAGAAUUCAUUACAGUGCUAUCGUCUUUGGCAGUGGUAUUCCGACUACAAGUUUUGACUUUGCUUCAAACAUACCAGACCAGGAUGAACUGAUUCGCAAAGUGAUACGCUUGCGCAAGAGAAAUGGACGUCCAGAUCUUGAGCAGGCUCUGGAAGAGGCAAAGCGAAUUUUCGAGUUGCGAGAGGUAAGGCCAAACGCUAGACGCAUACUCGUGGUAAUCAUGGACGACGCGACUGUAAGCAGUAGAGAAGAACUCAAUAACGUAGUCCAUUCUUUGGUCAAAAACAGCGUUUUCAUCGUCGGUGUAGGAAUUGGAUCAUCCGUUAAUGCCACUGAUUUGCUCAUAAUCACGAGGCAAGAACAACACAUUCUCAUUGUCAAAACCAACAAAGUGGAUGAUGAAUUGGCUGAGGAAAUCAUGAGAGUCAUUGACCCGAGAGUUGCACGUAAGUUCUUUUCUUUUCCUUUUCUUUUUGUCUCCUGAAACGACUUAUCUCUUUUACAAGACAGAGGGCCGAAGUCUACCUUCGGCCGCGGUUUAAGAAAUAUGAUCUCCUGAUCUCUUUCUUACUGUGUAAUUUUAAAAUAAGUGCUUUUCCAGUCUACACUAUAUGCUUUACUGAAAUUGUUCACGAUGAAUAGUGUUUAGAUAAAAGUGUUGGGCAAACUGAAAAUGGCUUAGAACGCGGUUUUGUUAAACACAGACGAAACUCCGUUUAAAUAACUGGUCCAAAGUGUUUGUAUGAGACAACCGGGGAAACACAGUAGAGUUAACAAAAGGAAAAGUGUAAAACGACACUAUUAUAAAUCGCGUCUUUCCCAAGAAUGGAGAAAUGGAUUUCAAUCUUAACAGAGAAGCUAGGAGACUUUCAGCUACAUCGGAAAGGCCUUUCUAAUAACAAUACAGUGUACGUCAAUAUUAGGCACAUGUCGUCUUACGGGAUAUUCAAAACGUUUUUCUAUUUAACAUUUCUCAAGCUGUCUCUCUCGAGGUAAUUAAAAAGACAACUAAAUUUCAGCAUUAUAUUCAAUAAAUCUCUGCUUUGUGAUGCUAAAUCGCCUUCGAAUGAUACAAAUCAUCAACAUAAAGUCGACUCUAUGUACCAUUGAUUGUGUCGCCGGCUAGACCAGUUAGAGUAGCCGUCGCCUACACGCCUUACAAUAUUCCACUUUAAAGAGCAAAUGAACUUCUCUGUAAUGUUGCUUGACCUAUUAUAAUAGCGAAUUACCAAAGCCAGAAGUUUUAAGCGCGUUGGUAUUUAAAAAGAAGGCAAUAUAGUUACAUUUUAAUCAAAUAACAUAUGAAUUAAUUUCAGCGGCUGGAUUUUCAUUGUGGGGAAAGUGGAGCGAAUGUUCAAAGACUUGUUCUUCACUUAAUCAAACGGGAACUCAGAGACGAAAUCGUACUUGUAUAAAUGUAAAACUGGGAUGUGAAGGAUCUAUAAAUGAAACCAGAGAAUGCAACAAUCAAACAUGCCAAGGUGAGCAAAGCCCCUUUCGAAAAUAUAAUAGGGACCUUACGAUCCGACAACGGCGCGGGUGUCCGUGAAAACCUCGCUGAAAAAUAGACUCCUCAUCUUUUUAAAUCAUUUCGCAAUUAUCACAACUCGCCCAGUUACUUAAAAGAAGGGAAUUUAUGUUGGAGCUGAAGAGAGGGGGCCGCACCGGAGUUCAGAUAGAGAUGGUAGAAUUUAUCGCCUUGCCGUAAAAUAUGGUCAUUUUACGUCGUAGUGGUUCAGGGACGGGCGGCAAAGAAAUGUACAAAAAAGCGUCAUGCACGUGCAGAGUUGUUGUUUUGCUAACUAAAACUAUAAUUUCUUUUUAGCGUUGCCGCUGCCUUCGCCGUUGAGCUUCGUAACGUCCCUAAUCUCAUUAAGUAAAACACGCGAAGUAGUAGGGAGCUUAAGCAAAGACGUUUUUUAGCGACGCACUUCAAUCACGUCAACCAAAAGUGAGGCCUUUUUCCUUUUAAUAUGCCCCAGCGCUACCAAAUUUGAAUGAAUUGGUAAGUCUCUUAACUCAAGCGUGUUCAGCGUGUCUUACCCAGAUUGCAAGCUAAGAGUGCUAUAAUUCGCACAAUUACCGUGACAUAAGGCACGCUACAAAGAAACAAAAGGUCUAGCGUGUUAAAUUUACCAAAACAAAGGCAAGUGUGUCCGUCUUUGUUUUUUCAAUUUAAUAUGCGCAUAUGCGUGAUCUACGGCACGCCAAGCGUGUCGUGCAAGCGUGUCGUGAGCGUGCUUUCACCUUUAGCACAUUUGCUCGAAGUUAUAGGCCAAAACACUGCCCAAGAAUGUUCAAAGUACACUUGACGUACGUAGCUAAAAAAAAAAAAAAACGUCUGCUUAAGCUGCAACCCUAUUGAUUUAACGAAUUUGCCGUAGUCGUAGAGUCCAUUGGCGGAAGAUUAAAACCAAACAACCAAUAACAACAAACUUGAGAUGUAUUCAACUAUUUCUCUAUGGAUCUCGAGGUGGAUGAAUGUAAGAUAAAUUCGAUUUGUUCCUUAGAGUACUUGAUGUAACAAUCAGCAAAAUUCCAGGAAUUCUGAGAAUGAAAAUCGUAUUUGCAAGCCUCUUUCUACAUAAUAUUUUCCCUUGCGCCUAUCAUGUUAAGCUUCACUAUUCAAUUAACCCAUAAAUUAUAUUGAAACCUUCCGAGUUGCAAGCAACCAAUUUUUAUUAUUUUAAUCAUGACAUCCGGGGCAGGUAACACAGAAACGAAAAAUCAAACUUGCGUUAUCUUAGUGGUGGAGAACACUUGACCACUGGUUUGAGCAAGCAGUGGUUAGAUCUUCCUAUCAAGGAGAAUUAAAGGGGAAAAAAGUGUGUGCAGGGGUGUUUCGGCGAGAGGCUUAUCUCGAAAGCAUUGUUCAGCCUAAGAAUUAUUUUAGAGUGAUUCCUUUGAGGCUUUUAUUUCAUUUUAUUGUUACUUUUUUUUAAUGUGCUUAGCCAUUGGACCCGUGGAUAGUCCUGCAGCGCUCACUGGCGAAACAGGAAAAGGAAUCUGUAAGUAUACAUAACAUCUUCAAAUCUUUCCAAUAACCCCAUUUUACAGUUACACUUGAAAACGAGGCUGGAGUUGACCUUGUUUUGAUACAACCCUUCUUGCCUUACUAGGUCAUGUUGUUGUUAUGCUCACUGGUAUUUUUUAAGCAAUGUUUCCAUUAGAAAAGGAAGGAGGUUUGUAUCAAAACAAGGUCACCCUCAGCCUCACAUCCACUCAAAGGCCAGGACACCAAGCCCACAACUGUAAAAUGGCCUAUUGUUAAGCAUAGCUAACUGGGCUUGCUAUCUAAAACCUAUUGCCUUGGAUCGCGGCUAUAAGUGGACCGGAUGUGUUUAGGUAGGUUUAUCAAGCACAUCUGUUCAAUGUCUUUAUACAUUUCAGUCUACACUGCAUGCCUUUUUGAAAACAUUGUGAGUGGCUUUUAACGCUUUUUGGUUCAAAGUCCCAAACCCAGCCUUGACGAAACAUUGAUCACUUCCCUCGGAAACGAAGUCUCUCUGCAUGUUGAUUUGGGUGCUGUAUGGUCAAACCAAGUUUGAAACUGGCGAUAAUUGUAGAAUUUCCUCAAUGUACAUUACAAAUAUUCCCAUAAAGAGGAAAUUUGCUUAGAAGUCUGACGCUGAAAGUUUUCUGUGUAAUUCUAUUUUGCAGUGAUUGCACUCUUUGUGAUGGCAGGGAUAUUGACUUCCCUACUUCUUAUUUUCUGUUGUUAUUACUGUUGCUGGCACGUAUGCUGUGGAAGGUAUGUCAAACGGCAAGCAUAAAUUAUUUAAUACUUUUGUAGGGAAUUAAGGCAUUUUUAUCAGACACAGUACAAGUACUGGAUCUCGUAGUGGAGAUUGCUCUGUGAGUGUUCCAGGCCUCUUGGCAAAGUAACUUGUAAGUUUAUAAAUACAUAAAGAAAUAAGUAAAUAACUAACUAAAGAAAGAAAGAAAGAAAGAAAGAAAGAGAGAGAGAGAGAGAGAGAAAGAGAGAAAGAAAGAAAGAAAGAGAGAAAGAAAGAAAGAAAGAAAGAAAGAAAGAAAGAAAGAAAGAAAGAAAGAAAGAAAGAAAGAAAGAAAGAAAGAAAGAAAGAAAGAAAGAAAGAAAGAAAGGAAGAAAGAAGUACAGGCUUGAGGUGUCCUGUACGUUCAAAUGCCUUCCAAUCUCACUACUAACAUUCUUUGCAGAGGGAAGAAGAGAAAAGGGAUUACUCACAAUUUCCUUGUUGAAGACGAAGAGAGUGAGAGAUGGGUAUUUGUUCCAACGGAAUUAACCUCGGGACAAAACCGCGGACACGAAAAUGAAGUUCAGGAGGUUGUCGUCGAAAUUGGAGAGGAGGCUGGUAAACCAACAGGUAUAGGGAUUUAGUAGAUAGAACAACAAUGGGAAUCACUAAUUCAGCUUCGCUUGCCUUCCUGGUUAAGUUGUAAGCUGUGAUCACUUUUCGGAUACCAUCUUCGGUGAUAGUUUAAGCGCUGGUUUCUGAAGGUGACGUCAAUACACAUAUCCAAUGAUCAUGGAUUGAUGUUUUGACCAAUUGACCACUACAGAAAAUACCAUAACAUACCGUAAUGCUCCUUGUUUGUAACCCCAAAAUUUUGCACAAGCAUCGUCUUCAGUUUCUCUUGGAAGUUAAAAUGGCCCCAAGAGAAACUGAAAACAAUGCUUACGCAAACUUUUGGGGUGACAAACAAAAACAAUUAUGGUAUUUUCUGUGGUGGUCAAUAGCCCUUUACAUCAGCUAAAAAUUUCCAUUUUUUUUCUAAGUACCAAAAUACCAGUUUUAGUGAUUAUAUUUAUUAAUUCACCCUUUGCAGGAGUCAUUCAAUUUGGCAUUGUGGCAGAUCAGUCGAUGGAAAAUGAGGUUACCGCUGACUCAGUUCAUCCCGAACCACCAUUGUAUUCGGAAGAAGUCGCGCAAGUUAACAGCAACGCCAGUACACUUAAGAUGGAGAACCCAGAACCACGAUAUGCUAACUUGAACGUCGUUAGAAAAAAACCCAAGAACGACCAAAGAGGUUUUUUCAAAAUUCGAAGAAAACUAGGCUCGCGUUUAUCAAAUGGACGUCAUGAAAGGUUUGCAAUUUUUUUCUCAACUAGCUGUGAAGACUGAUAUUUUUGACAUUUUUUUUUAACUUUGUAGGCGAAAGGUGCAAUGGCAACCAAAACAUAAAGAAAAUUUACAAACCUCCUGAAAGCUUUUCAAAUUAAGGAAAUGCUUGUUUGCCUCCCUUUUUUUUUUCUUUCAAAGGUAGUACCAUGCAGUGCAACCUAGUGUCUACUGCAGCUUUUAUAACAUUUCAUAUUCCUGCUUAUUUCUUUACCGUUAAAUGAACUCCAUCAGUAAAUUAGUGAACAUACAGUUGAAAAACGCGAAAAAAAAGUCUGCGUUCGUGCUUAGUGGCCCAUCAAGCCAGAGACUGCUUAUCCGCUUUCCAUGGCCGAAGAUUUAAGAAUAUUUCUAUCUCUACGACGAAAAGCAGGGUAUCCGUGGCAUUAAAUACGUCAUUUUCCAUAAUACACCUGAGUAGAGUGAGGAAAUUUUAGAGUGUCUACCCCAAGGAAAAACACAUUGAACUCAACUAAGGUUCCGGUGCACUCAUUAUGAAGCCAUCACGCCUCGCACAAUGUUACCAACAGAACCCCCACAUUUAUCCAUGUCUAUCCUUUCUCUUCCAAGACUAUUUCCACGCCAAUAUAUCGCUGAGAGAACUGCAAAAAGCCAAAUUCUUUUGUUGUUGUUUCUCUCUAUCCAUUAGCUCCCCUGAAUGGCUGUCGGAUCCAUUCGAGAAUUCGACAGAUAAUGACAGUGUCAACAGCUUCCGAUGUUUGGACGACUUUGCAAUCGUGGAUUAUGAAAUGUUCGAAGGGCGUCGUGGCUCGGAUCAAAGCGCGGAUACAGUUCCUGAUGGUUAUACGAGGAUGCAAGAGACCAACAGGGAAUUUGUGAACAUGAACAAUGCGGUGGAUACAAAUGAGAGCCCUGCUACUCAGAACGAUUCCAAUCAGUUCGGGGAAAACGAAGAGCCCGUGGCGGAAAGUGGAGACCAGAGCAUGGAAGUCCUGGAAGAGUGGUUUAAUCCCACUGGAAAAGAUGCGCAGCCCACUCAAUCCAGUGAUAGAAUUGACCCGGUCUACUCAGAAGUUGGAACACAAAUACUUACGGCCGAACCGAUUAACACCGAAGUAGAAUCCCAUUCAAUCUAUUCCGUAGUUGGAUCUAAAAUCUCAAGCUGA